UUUAGUCCUCCUGCAGGUAUGACAACCAAGAAGGGAAUUGUUGGAUCCUUUUCAAAGCAGUCUGCGUCUUGACGCGCACAAGUGACGGACUUUACACGCGGAGAGCACCGUGGACAGAUCUUACACAGCACCAGCAAAGGACGAUCAGACAGCAUGAAGUUGGAGGUGUUGUGCGGGAGCCACUAUGACAUGAAACACUUCGAGAUGUCCUGUGAUGCAGAGGGGAGUGUGCGCUCUCCUCUGUCUGCUGAGGAGGAGCUGGGGUCGGAUGGGGACUGCGUGGCGCACAGCCCUCCACCUGUUCCUCCGUGCGGCGGCGGCGGCGGCGGCAGCAGCAGCAGCAGCAGCAGCAAGUCAAAGCCGUACACACGGAGACCCAAACCCCCGUUCUCGUACAUCGCUCUCAUCGCCAUGGCUAUCCGGGACUCCCGGUGUGGACGUCUGACUUUGGCGGAAAUAAACGAUUACCUGAUGAAAAAGUUUCCGUUCUUCAGGGGCAGCUACACCGGCUGGAGGAACUCGGUUCGGCACAACUUGUCUCUGAAUGACUGCUUUCUCAAAGUGCUCCGCGACCCGUCGAGACCUUGGGGGAAGGACAAUUACUGGAUGCUCAAUCCUCACAGCGAAUACACGUUUGCCGACGGGGUGUUUCGGCGCAGGAGGAAGCGCAUCAACAAAAGGUUCAGCGGCACGGAGCCGGAGGUGUCCGAGCACGCGGAGGAGGCGCAGAGGUCUGCGGCCGCCAACAAGACUGACUCAUGCGCAAAGUUCACCAGUUCAUUUGCUAUAGACAGCAUCCUCAGCAGGCCCUUCAAGAGAGACUCAGGCAAGGAGCAGUUCAGUCUCCUCCCCGCCUUCACCUGGCCGCGCUACACUGAACUAAUGGCGCCUCAUUCAAACACACCUGCCUCAUUUGCAUACGUUAAUGCACCUUACCAUGUGGACCCUUGUGCUGCUGCUGCGCAUGUGUCCAACGUCUGUAGCGUUGGGCUGCUUUCACAGACAGUCUUGCAAUAUCAGAAAUAAACUUUUAAAAUCUUUUUCAUUUGAUGAUUAAAAAUCAUCGCUGUGCACUGAUGAUGGACACAGAAGAGGGAAAGGACCACAGAAGAUUUUCCAUCUGUGUUGGAUUUGAUAUUAUUGUGGUGGCAUGGUGUUACACUUUCUCAUUAGUUUGUACCUUCGGUCAUGUCCUUUUUAAAGUUUAAUAGAUUUGAAUAUUUUCUACACACUUCGUUGUAAAUGUUACUGACGAACAACUUUGUUUGAUCAAUAAACGCGUUAAAAUAGAAGCAC